GACCUGUGUACAUGCAUAUUGUUAUAUGGUAGUGUUUUGUGGCUUACCAGGCCUUCAAGACAAAGAUGAUUCUGCCAGGAGGAUCUGGAUCUGGAUCUUGGAUAUUAUUAUUUUCUCACACGUGGGGAAUGAGCGCGCAUGCGCAUUACAUACACAGGAAUAAUUAAAGGGUGUGUCCAAAGAGAUCAAUUUCACAAAUGGCUACUGCUAGCUAGCUGUUUUAACAGAUAUUUUCUGAGUAUUGUAGCUAACAAAAAGCUAGCGCUUUAGUGCAAGGCUAACUCAUAUGUUGAAUAGAAAGUUUGUGCGGACAGAUGAUGCUAUGAAAGAUUCUGAAGAGACUGCAACAGCCUUCAAUGUGAGUCAAACUAGCCAUAACUCGAGAAAGAAGCUUUAGUUUGCAAAUCCACGAAUCAAAAUCCAAGAGAACGUGGCUAGAAGCCUAUAGAAGCUGUUAGUUUUUGUCGCAUUGCAACCGUUGAGCAGUUACAGCUGGAACAGACACACAGACACACAGACACACACACACACAGUCAGCUUUACCGUAUCCCUCGUGCGGCUACGCCUCGAGGCAUAAUUAUUACAUGAAGUAGGUUUCAUCAUCAAGUGACGACUAUUCUUGGCUUGUCUACAAAAUUAGCACGUCAUCCUCAUGAUUAAUCAUUCUAAUAUUAGCCAAAUAUGAAUACUGUUCGUAGGAAAAUGGGGAAACCCACAACCAUUGACUAACCUAUAUAACAGCUGACUGGUAUAUAGAAGUUGACCAGUGAAAAGAAAAAGAGAGAGAAGAUGGCAAGGAACAAGGACAUCACAUUUGAUGAUGCUAUGAGAGUUGUGGAUGAGCUUGCAAGAGAAAUAAAACAUCAUAGACAUGGCCUGAACAGAGUCCAGGUGCUCAAGGCUGGCUCCCUUGGUCAGUACACAGCCAUUCCAGGCAACUUCGAUGUGGACCUAGUGGUCUACUCAGAGAGUGUGGAUCCAGACACUGUCCUGAGUGAAGGAUAUCGUACGCCUCUACACAAACUGCGAAGCUUUUUGGGAGGUCUACGGAGUGUCAUGCUUCAAACACCACUAAAAAUGUCUGUGUCACUGAAAUACAAGACAUAUGACCAGCAAGAUCGAGAGCUAUCGAUAGACGUUGACGUCUUGGUCAGCCCAAAAUGGGAGAAUCCAGCAGAUCUCUAUGACUACCUGAGGAAAGCCAAACAAGACGGAGCAAAACCUGCCCAAUUAUUUCGAUUCUCAGUGAAUGCUUCAAAAUGGCAAGUUGCAUUUAUUGAAAAGCAGGAUGAUAAAGCUAAAGAACUUAUUCGCCGUGCUAAGGCGUGGAGGAACAAAGAAUGGCCUGAGGGGAAGCUAUGUACUGGAAGGCCAAAGAGUUAUCUCAUCUCAAUUCUGGUGCUUAGAGCUUAUGAGCUGGCAUUGAAACAGCACUAUGGUGGAACUAUUGAGCAACGAACAACAGCCACUUUGAAGCAGAUAGUGAAAUCUCACCUAACAGCGGAUAUCUAUUGGGUUGACUACUACAAACCAGGGGACUACCCAGACUUGUUUCCAGCCAGGCUCCCCCGUAUCGUUGACCCUGCCAACCCGGCCAACAACCUCCACAACACAGGCAUAAUCGGAGGCAGCACCUACACCUCACACUCGUACUACGAGCAGGGAGACGGCAAUUGGACGCAGCUGGUUGGAAAAAUUGAGUCUGUCGAUUUGACCAAAACUAUUGAACAGAUACAAGCCUAAAUUACGUUUUUAAACCACCGAGCACAGACUUAGCUAUAACAAAGCACCUUUUUGUAUUGUGUAUGUUGACAUUAGCCGUACAGUCAGUUAGUGCAUGUUAACCUGACCUUUAAUUUGUUUGACCAUUUUGGUAGUGAGUUUUUUUAUCCGCA